AAAUUUUCGAACAAAAACGUUCUUAGUGCAAUCUUUAUUAGUUUGUACCGCAUAAUUGCAAUCAUUACCAAUCCUUAGUAUUUUUAUUUACUUGAUCGCUCUUUUUCUCUACAUUGCUUAAUAGUUUUUAAGUUUAGUUCAGACUUAGCUGAGGGGAAAAGACUUAUAUGGCCACAAGAAGCAACAGCAAAGUUCGACUUGAUACAAAACCGACCUAUAGCUAAACACAAACUUGAAGGUCUUCAGAGUUUCCUACGCCAAAAAAUUUUGCGUCGCGGCGUCCUUAUGAUCUUCGUAUAUUUCGGCACUGAGGCGCUGAAAUUGUGGCUACAUUUUCUCGCUAAUGAUCAGAACUACUCUAUAAAUUUGAUAUUCUAUCUGCUGCCAUUUUAUAUUUGUGGCGUGCGUUAUUUUCAAAUAUUUACCGCUAUUAUGAUAGUGCGCCAUCGCUUAGAUAAACUAGUAACAGCCAUGAAUGAACUGAACCUGUUGAAUAGCAAGCCGAAGCAGAAUACGGGUGGCAGUUCGAAUACAAAUAUAAAAUUCAUAUCACAAGCAUCACCAGUCUACGAAAUAACCGAUUACCUGAAACAUCAGUAUGAUAUGGAGAAUGCAGAUAUGAAGCGCUUGCUUAUCAUACGUGAUCUUUACAAUCGUUUGUGGGAGCUGACGGUCACGCUCAACUACGAUUUUGGUAUUUCAAUAUUGACAAAUGUGGGCAAUGACUUUAUAUCCAUCACCGCAAAUUGUUACUGGAUCUUUUUGAAUUUAAAAACAUAUUCAACAACACUGCAAAAUUUUUUGGAGAUCGCUAGGAGCCUCACCUGGUCCACACCGCAUCUCUUCAACGUACUAAUGUUGGCAUUACUCUGUGAGCGUACGGUUCAGCGGACUACGGCAAUUGCUUUGGGUCUUCAUCGUAUCGAAACCAAUAUUUGGAACGACAAUCAUAAUACCGUGAUCGAGCAAUUCUCUUUACAACUUUUACAUCAAAAGUUGGCCUUUUCAGCCGCUGGAUUCUUUGACAUCAAUUGUUCAUUAGUCUAUACAAUCGCUGGCGCUACAACAACAUAUCUAAUAAUACUUAUACAGUUCCACAUGGGCGAGGAUAAGUUGACGACAAAUUGAAACUGUCAGUUUUAUAAUUAACUAAUCACAAGUACUUUGAAUGUAAAAAUAGAAAUAAAAUAGAUUUAAAUUAAA